AGGCCGACCGCAACAAUAAGAAGCUGUACACGCUGAAGCAGGCCUCACGGCAUGUUAACGACAUGGCUGCUGUUGUUGUCACCUCCACCAAACAUGGGCAGCAGAAGAUCUCUGAUCAAGGUGUGAUGGACUUCUCUGGCAUGUCUCUGAUCAAGCUGAAGACAGAGGAAAUGGAAGCUCAGGUGAAGGUGCUGCAGCUGGAGAGCCAGCUGGAGCAGGAGCGAGUCCGUCUGGGGGAGCUGAGGAAGAGGCACUACGAGCUCGGGGACGCCGCCGAUGACGCAGAGAACGGAGACGAUAGCUUCCCGCCACCGCCACCGCCUACUCUGCUGGACUCAACGCCAGAGCCUCAGCCCUUGUCACAGACCAAUCCCUUUGCACCGGCUCGAACGCUGCCUCUGUCUCACACACCAACAAACACCUACUCGCAGGCCCAAUCCCAUCCACCUCCACAGACCUAUACCCCUCCACAGAGCUUCACCGCUCUGCAGACCUACAUGUCAACUCAAACCUACACUCCUACUACAACCUACACGCCUCCUCAAACCUACACCCCUACUACAACCUACACCCCUCCUCAAACCUACACCCCUACUACAACCUACACCCCUCCUCAAACCUACACCCCUACUACAACCUUCACACCCUCGCUGCCUUACGUCCCAGCUCAGCCCUACACACCAAACGUGACGCAAAGUUACUUAAAUCCUCAGUCUUACUCACCGUCACAACCCUCAUCACACACAUCCAGCCUCUCCGGGCCUCAGUCCCCAUCUCUGCCCCAGAAGACCCUGCAGAACAACACCGAGACCACCAAACCAGCCUCAAGGAGAUCAAACAUCUUUACCAAGUCUGGAAACUUGCUGAAGAACGCGUUCAAGCGAGGUGAAACUGGAACAGGGGAAUCUUGAUGCUUGACUGAGAUUUUACUGGAAGUAUAAAUGUACUUUUUAACGUAUUAAAAACACUGAUUUUAAUCUAAUUUUAUCUCUGUAAAAAGGUUACAGGAGGUUAAACGCAGCACAGGUGAUGCACAAAAAUGUUUGUUUUAUUUCAGUUAAAUGUGCAAAGUAAAGGUCGAUGGAAUAUUUUCAAACUUAUUUUGUAAUCAUACUGAAGCCUAUAUUAUGGUACUGAUUCCUGUUGUUUACCGAAUUGAUUUAUUAAAUACCAUAAAAUC